GAUGUAUUGGCUCGAGCUCAAGCUGCUGCGGAGGCGAAGAACGAAGUGUGGACUAUUCGGACGAAGAAGCUGCUUGUUUUGGGGAUUCCGCAUAACACCAGUGUGCAAGAGAUCAUUGAUUACUUCUCGGAAUGGGGUUUCGUUGAAAAAGUGCACAUCUGUACUAAUUUUACGCCAGGAAUCGUUGUUAUGCAAGCACUCUUUGAUUACGCAUUCGUCUUCUACACGGCGUAUGAAGAGGUAAGCGUGAAGCUUUUCUUUUUUUUUUUUUAA